CAUCGUCGCUAACGGUCGCGCGCAUCGGAAAACCGAUUUAAAACAACAAACUUAAUUGUCGCUUUAAGGAUACCUGUCGCUUUGGUGUUGUUUUUUUCUUUUAAAACAAUGUUUAACACAACAUACUGGAAGUUAGCGGUUAGUUUGGGCGUUAUCUUCUCGGUUUUAGUGACACAAGGCACCGGGGCGUAUACGCGCGAAAUUGUGAACGAUAAACUUCCGUUGCAGGAGAGACCUCCGUGGCUGCAGACAUGCAAGCGCUCCAAUCCCAAUGAGGACAAGUGCUUCCGGCAGCUCUUUGAGGGCUGCUUUCCGGCCCUGGCGGCAGGAAUUCCGGAGAUCGGGGUGAAGAGCUUUGAGCCACUCAACAUCGACCAGGUGUCGGUGUCAAAGGGUAGUGGCAACCUGGUGCUGUCCGGCGGAUUCCAGAACCUCGUCAUUCGAGGACCUUCAAACGCGACUGUACGUCGAGCCAGCUUGGAUCUGGAGCGGCGCCUGCUGAACUUUGAGCUGGAGCUCCCUCGACUGCGAAUCCGGGCCAAGUACAACCUAAAGGGAAAUAUCCUACUGCUCCCACUCAUCGGCAGUGGAGACGUUGCCAUGGCCCUGAAGAACGUGCACACCACCGUGUACACCAGGAUCUCCCUACGCAAUGAGACGCGCACUGGCGAUGAGAUCAUCCACAUCGACGAGAUGAAGGUGGGCUUCGACGUGGGCGCCAUGCGCAUCCACCUCAAGAAUCUGUUCAAUGGGAACGACAUCCUGGCGGCCUCGAUCAACUCGUUCCUCAAUCAGAACGGCAAGGAAGUAAUUGCCGAACUGCGUCCAGACUUGGAACUGGGGCUGGCCGACAUCUUCCACGGCCUGUGGAACAACGUCUUCUCCAAGAUGCCCACCAAGCUUUGGCUGGUUUAGUGGUCUACGGAUCCUCAUCCGCUAUUUAUGUAUUAUAUUCAUAAUUUAUUUCGCAUUUAAUUGUGUGCUUAUUUGUAGGCUAUUCUUUGUACUACGAUUAAAUCUUUAAGUUGGAUAAUA